UAUUCAGUAAUAAAUGGCAUCAGCGUCACAAAGGGCAGUCUGGUCUAGAGUUGACUGAUGUUUUAAUCGGUUCACUGCUUCCAGUUGUUCCCAAUCUUCAUUAUGUUUUCAAUCAAAGCUUCCUCUUUCAUCUAUCAAACAGAAUUUCAUACUCCCAAAUUUCCCAACCUUAAACCCUCCAAAACCCUCUCCCCAUUGUUCACCCCUUCACUCAAACCAAAUAAUCUCUCUUUCCAAACAACCAGGCUUCGUUCUUCCUACAACCCCACUUCCAUUCUCCCAACCAAACUCCCUUGUGUCUCUCCCAAGACACAGUUUUUCAAUUCUUUAUCAGAAAAAGUUGUUGUUUUCCUUGUUGGGUCUUUCAUAUUUUUGGGUUGUUUCAAUGCUAAACCAUGUUUGGCUCUUCCUGCUCAAGCAACUACCAGUUCUAGAGUAAAUUUAGAGGGGAAGAAUGAAACCCAGAAGAGAAAAAGUGAGGAAGAGGAAAGGUAUGAGAAGAUUUUGGAGAAGGAGCCUCGAAAUGUUGAUGCUUUGAAAGUGCUUUUGUAUGGGAAGAUUAGGAGAGGUAAGACUCAAGAAGCGGUGGAAUGUGUGGAGAAGUUGAUUGAUAUUGAGCCAGAUGAGGUUGAAUGGAGGCUAUUGCAGGCUCUUUGUUAUGAGAUGAUGGGGCAGCUCAGCAAGGCUAAAAGACUGUUCAAGGAAAUAUUGGAAGAAACCCCUCUUUUGCUCCGAGCUUUGCAUGGUCUGGCUAUGGUGAUGCACAAAAAUCAUGAAGGUCCAGCUGUUUUUGAGAUGCUUAAUGAAGCUUUAGAAGUUGCUGUUCGUGAAAAGAGAGUCACUGAGGAAAGAAACAUAAGAGUUUUAAUUGCACAAAUGCAUGUUGUGAAGGGGGAAUUGGAGGAGGGGAUGAAGAAAUUUCAAGAUUUGAUAAAGGAUAAUCCUCGAGAUUUUCGGCCUUAUCUUUGCCAGGGAAUUAUCUAUAGUUUACUUGACAAGAAGAAGGAAGCAGCUGAACAGUUUGAGAUAUAUCAGAGUCUUGUACCUGAAGAAUUUCCGCAGAGAGGGUUCCUUGAUGAUGUUGUACUGGAAGCGAAAACCAAAUCUCGGAAAUGGCUCCAAAAGGAUUUUAAGGCUGAGUUCUCAUACAAGAAGUAAAGAAUGGACAAAUCUUGCUCUAUUUGUUGAUUUAUCUGGAAGGUCUUUUUCUUAUUAAAAUUUGGUCAAUGGUUCCACAAAGCACAAAGUUCGGAAUUUCAUUUUUGGUUCAGAAAGGCCACACAGUUUGGGGUAGAGAAGAGUUGCAGAUGCCUAGAGCUACUAGCUGCAUGGAGCUAAACCUUAGCUUAGAGUUUGGAAUUUUGAUAGCAAUGUACUAAUUGGUUUGCGUGCUGGUGUCAUCAUCUGCUUAUCAAUCCCUGGAUUUUGCAACUCAGUCAAAUGUAAUCUGGACUUGGAGAGCCAGCAAUACUAUUUGUUAAAUUGAAGUGUUCAAUUUGUGUAAAA